CUUAAAAUAUAAUAAUUUAUACAAUAUACAUGUUCAUAUAAAUGAGUAAACGUAUAUAUAUCCAUAUAUACUAUUGAAGCACUCUCAUUUUAUCAUUUACAAUAAAAUAUGCUAUUCACUAAGUAUUAUUUAAUAGGAAUAAUAAUAUAUAUUGCUUUAAUUAAUUCAAUUUAUACACAUUCUAAUCAUUAUUAUAAUGGACUUUUAGAACAUUCUAGAAAAAAUUCAUAUGACGCUGUAAACUUUCCAUUGAAAACAAUUAAUGAACGUAAAUAUGAUAUGGAAGAUGGAGCUGGAUUUGUACCAGAUAAUUAUGGUAAUCAUGAUAACCACGAUGAUGAAAAUUAUGAUUCAUAUGAUAGUAAUAAUUAUGAUGAUGGUGAAGCGCAUAAUUAUGGUCAUGUUAAUUUAGCAGAACAAUCAAUGAAUAAAUUAAAAGAGUUAAAACGUCGUAAAUACAAUGAAUAUUAUAAAAGUAAUGAUGAAGAAGAAGAGGGAGAAUAUGGUCAACAUGGUGAUGAUAAACCACAUGAAUAUCCGCGUGAAGAAUCACCACAACGAUCAACUGAAGCGCCGAGAAGAACUACACCCAGGCCAAAUUCGUUGGCAGAGUAAAGUAUUCACCUACUAAUUGAGAAUAUUCAGAUAAUGAAUUAAAAAUAUCAACAUGUAAAUGAAUUAACUGACUUUUCCAAUGAUCUAAUAUCAUGAAUAUAUGUUGUACUAUUUAAUAAAACAAUAAUGUCAUCAACUGUUCAUUAAUAUAUAUUUCUUAGCGUAGGGGAUUGAGGAUACUUUUGAAUUUUGUAGUUUUAAACCACAGAUUAAUUUUAAUUACAUAACUAAUAGAAAUUAGUAAUCAUUAGAUAGCUGUACCGUCUUAGUAUGGGACUCGCCAAAAGUAGGCAUAGUGUUUUUUUGUUGUCGAUUUUCUAAUCUCAGUUGUGUGGGAUAACUUCAUAGGUAAUGGUAAGUUUUGUUGUUGUUCUAAAAUUGUCACCAUUACUAUUAAUAUCUUACUAAUUAGCAUAACUAUUUGAAUAUAAACGAAUGAUUGGGUGUUAGAGACAUUUUGUUGCUAUGUAAUGACAUUUUAGAUUGCAUUAAUUAAUGAUUCUUUAU